AUGACUCACCCGGUCGAACCAAGCAGAAUGUGUCAACGAAAUGUAAUAAAGCUUUUUCUUUGUCUCUUCACUAUAGGCGACUUUUUCAUGCUGGUGUACAGCAUUGACAGCAUGGAGUCCUUCCAAGAAGUGCGCCGCCUACGACAACAGAUCGUCGACACCAAGAGAAGCCGGAAAGGGACCAAGGCCGUUCCCAUGGUGAUCGCCGGAAACAAGACAGACCGGAACGAAUACCGGGAGGUCACACUGGACGAGGUCAAGAGGGCUUUCUCUUCCGGUCGGAGGGUCACGUGUCACGAGCUCUCCGCCCUGGACAACUGUAACAUUGACGGCGUUUUUCGCGCCCUUUUCGAGAAUGCCCGCCUGCCCAGCGAGAUGGCGCCCUCUAUGCACAAACGGGCGACGGGCGCCACCUCGACCAACCUGAACAGCGGGACGAGCCCGAGGGGGCUGUCCCUGCGCAGGCGCAUCAGCGACGCGUGUGGCAUCAUCUCGCCCAACGCACGACGACCCAGUCUGCGCAGUGACCUGAUGCAGGUCAGGACCAAUGUCUUGCGUGAGGAGCAUCAUCACAAUGACGACGAAUACGAAGACGAGGCGGAAGGCGAUGACACUGCGUCUGGUGGGAGUACCAAGAAACGCGCCUGUCUCAUCCAGUGACGACAAUGCAUCAUCAGGAAACUGCCUGCGAUUUCCAAUAAUAAAAAAAACACUUCGCAUUUGCUAGCCAUUUUUCAAAGCCUUAAUUGUUUGUACACAACUCAUUACCAAACUUGUAUGCAAGUAUAUCUCGGCUCAAUGAGGAUAAUGUGCAUGUUACCCGCUCCUAUAUUAUGAACUAGGAGCAAAAGCCUGCUGCAUGGACACCUACAAGUGAAAAGGCACUGCUUCAACCUCCGUGGGCGCUCAGCAAAACAUUAUUGACUAAAAUAAGCCUGUUUCCAAGGUACAUACGAAGGCUGCACUUGCCAGAAACAGAGGCUCUUUUGUCUCCAUCAGUUUUUAAAUCAAGGGACAGCGUAUUGUCUAUUUUAACAAUCGACCCUUUGUGGUGUCUUCAUUUUGAAUAAUUUUCAAGUGAAAUUUUUUUUAACAAGCAUAUGGCUGCGUUAUGUGGACUGCUUGGAAUUCAAUGUGAAGGUCAAGUUUAAACAAUUAUGACAAGUCAUAAGAUAAACAGAUGGAGUCUCGAACCCUUUAAAGGGGCAUUACGGCCUGAAAUCUCCGUAAAGUUUUGGAUUGUUUACUUAUCCUAUUUCAAAGGUCUGGUUG